AAUUUUUUUUAAUUAGUUGGCAGAAAAAAUGAGGGUACUCGGGAAUAUAUUUUUAAUUUUAUUAAUAAAAUUAUUAAGUUUAAUUGGAAAUGUACAAUUAAAUGAAGUAAUAGGAUGUGGCGGUUUCAUAAAAAGCCACGCAGACAUAGAUUUCUCCAAAGUAGAAGUGAAACUAUUAACAAAGCAGGGAGCUUUGAAAGAUAAAACCGAUUGUUCACCCUCAAAUGGUUAUUAUUUCUUGCCAAUCUAUGAUAAGGGUGAAUAUUUGUUAAAGAUUUCCCCUCCUCCCGGUUGGAGUUUUGAGCCUGAAGAAGUGAAAUUAAAUUUCAACGGUCAAACUGACAUAUGCAGUUUGGGAAAAGAUGUAAAUUUUGUUUUCAAAGGUUUUGGUAUUACCGGCAAAGUGGCUUUAGGAAGCGGUGGUGCAAAGGGUGUUAAAGUUGAAUUGAAAUCUGAAGAUGGCAAAGAUAUUAGAGAAACAACUACUGAUGUAAAUGGUAUAUUUUCAUUUACUCCCAUUAUACCCGGAAAAUAUCUUGUUAAAGCCACUCAUGCCCAGUGGUAUUUCGAAAAGUCUGAAUAUACCGUUGUAGUCGAGGGUGGCAAUACUGUUUUACCGGAUAACUCCUUAGUUGUGUCUGGAUUUGAUGUUACUGGACGUUUCGAAACAUCCGGACAAUUAAAUUCUGGAAUAGGCAUAGCAUUGUUUGAAAGUAAAUCGAAUUCUUCGCCUUUGAGAUGCAGCCAGGAAGAACUUAAAAACUCAGUCACAAAUAAUAUAGCCAACUACAAGGAUUCACCUUCCUGUUAUGCUUCAGUAGACAAAAAUGGAGAUUAUAUAUUUAAAGAUGUAGCUCCCGGAAAGUAUUUGAUACAGCCAGUCAUUGAGGAUGUUAAUUUAAAAUUGAAUCUUAAACCCUCUUAUGUUGAAUUUGAAGUAACCAAAGAUACUUUAGAUCUAAAACAAGAAUUUAAGAUAACUGGUUUUAGUGUUAACGGACAAGUUUUAGACGGGCCACAAGGUUCUCCAAUUUCUAAAGCUAUUGUAAAAUUAAAUGGACAAAAAGAUGUGGUUACCGAUAACAAAGGCUUCUUCGUAUUGGAUAGUGUUAAUGCUGGCACAUAUACUUUACAAGUUCAAGCUGACAAAUAUGAAUUUGCUGAACAACGUGUUAAACUACAACUAACAGUACCCUCUUUACCAGCUAUAGUACCCUCAGCAUAUGAAGUCUGUGGUAAAGUAGUUGCCAAAAAAUCCUAUAAAGUUGGCAUUACUAAACAGGGUUCCACAUUCCACACAACCGCCAACUCGAAUGCCGAAUCUGGAGUAUGGUGUGCUUAUUUACCCAGUGGCAAAUUUAGCAUUGAAGUUUUGACCACAGACAGCGACAAAUCAAAUGGUGUACAAUUUUUCCCCGUACAACAAACUAUUGAAGUAAACUCUCAGCCUAUAAAGGACAUAACAUUUUCACAACUCAGAGCUACUUUACAAGGUAAAUUGAGUUGUUUGCCAGAUGCCCCCUUAGCUGCUUGUUUGAAAACGGAAGUAACAUUACACAACUUAGAUGCCAAUGGGCAAUUGACUGGUCAAAAGCAAACAACCACAGCUGAAGAUGGAAACUAUAGUUUUAAAAAUGUUUUACCCGGACCUUACGAAAUCACUGUACCACAAUCUAAUUUAUGUUUCGAUUCCACACGCGUACUUAUUAAUGUGGCUUCUGCUUCUGAAAACGCUCCUGAUUUUGUACAACACGGUUAUGAAGUCAACAUUAUAUCCAGUCAUAGGGCUAUAAUGAAAUAUUCCCAUAGCUCUGCUAGUAACUCGGAUUCAUUUAAACUACUUUCUGGAGUUAAUACCUUCUGUGUACCAAAAUUCGGUUCUUACAAGAUUAAAUUAGAAGGAUGUCAUUUGUAUAACGAUAACGAAUUACCCUCGACCUUCGAUACUUCAAAUACUAAUCCCAUUAUUAUUAAUGCCAAAGCCCAUAAAGUGGGAGUGCGUGUAUUAUCACCCGAUUCUAGUGUCGACUCUUUGCAACUAGCCGUUGAGUCAACAACUUUGGGCAAACAAAUUGUUACACCUAUUGCGGAAUCCCAUAAAGUAGAUGGCAAAUAUGCUUACCGUUUUGAGACCCACUUGAAGCCUGAAGAAGUUUUACGCAUUACCCCCAAAAGUGAUAUUUUACUCUUUGAACCAACAACCAAGGAAAUUGUUGGUACAAACGAUUGUGUUGAUGUGGCCUUUAAUUUCAUUGCCUCAGAAGGUUUAAUUUUGCGUGGUAAAGUUGUUCCUGCCAUUAAGGAUGCCAAGAUUACUUUAUCUUUUCCCAAAAAUCCUGAAUUAACACCUGAGACUAGCUUAACUUCGGCUAGUGGUGAAUUUAAAUUUGGUCCUAUUAAAGAUAGUUUAUAUUACGAACUUAAGGGUGAAAAAGAGUCCUAUGUAUUCUCCGACUAUAAUCCCUCAACCAAAUCGUUUAGUGUACACAAAUUGUGCGAAAUCAUUUUUAAGGUUGUAGAUGAAUCGAACAAAGGUUUAGCUGGUGUUUUAGUUUCAUUGAGUGGUUCAGAAAGUUAUCGCAAAAAUUUAAUCACCUCUGAUGAUGGCUUAAUUAACUUCCAUUCCUUGUCACCUUCACAAUACUUCUUAAGACCCAUGUUGAAAGAAUUUAAAUUUGAGCCAAAUUCUAAAAUGAUUGACUUAAAGGAUGGCGAAACAGUCGAAAUCAAAAUGAUUGGCAAACGUGUGGCUUAUUCUGCUUUUGGUACUGUUACUUCCUUAAAUGGCGAACCUUUUGCACAGGUCAAUAUUGAAGCUACGGCAAGUGAAAAAUGUUCUCAUCACCAAGAGGAGGCCACCACAGAAAAUAAUGGCAAAUAUCGUUUGAGAGGCUUAAAUCCCGGUUGUGACUAUACCAUACGUGUCAAAGAUGCUGGAGUUGCUGGAAAUAAUGUUGAUCGUUCCAUACCAGUACAACGCGUUGUGGAAAUUGCCAAUGAAGAUGUACAAAAUGUUAAUUUCUUGGCCAUUUCUCCUUUCAAUUUUGUUGAUGUUACAGUGCGUGUUACCGCUGCUUCUAAUGAUUUCUACAAAACUUUACGUUUAGUUAUGUAUCGCAAGGGCUCCUAUGAUUCUCCCAUUUAUUCACAGCGCUUGGAAACACCACUUAAUCCCAAGGCACGUUACAAUCCUGGCAUUAUGGUAUUUUUGCCACGCAUACCCUUGGAUGGCAAAACCUACAUUGUGGAAUUGAGAUCAUCGCUCUCGGAUAAAACCUAUACAUACACUGUACCCACCCAACAGUUUGUGGCUGAUACCGGUUCCGUUUUUGUUGAAUUAGAUUUUACACCCGAAGUAAAAUCUUACGAAACAGAUCUUAAUCAAAAUUCCAUCUCCGCCUUGAUACUGGUUGCUUUAGUUUCCAUAGCUUUCUUCAAGCAAGAUAUAGCUGUGGGUUUUCUAGAUUUUGUUUGGUCGAAAAUCAGUGCAAUUGCCGAUGAUUUCGCACAAAAACAGAAAAAUCAAGCUAAAAACAAUGUCCGUAAAGUAGAACCGAUCAAUCAAAAAGAAAUCGAACAAAUGGCCGAGCAAAUUAAUAACAUCAAAAAGAAGAAGACUAAAAAAAUCUAAAUUUAACUUAAAAUCUCUUGAUAUUCGAGAGAUUUAAAAAGAAGAGUAAAUAAUUGUUUUUUAAGAAUUUCUUUUUUUAACUUUAUUCAAUAAAAAACAUUUCUGUCUUGUGGGUAUUUUUUUUAACAAUA